UAAAAUCUGCUGACCGUCCUGAUGAUAUAAAAAGAUAAACCCGGAUAAUGAUUACGCAGUAUAAUAUACCCGUUCAACAAUAACAGUUGAAAAAUAUUAGCUGCUUUUCUAUUUGAAAUAUUGGCAAUUUGAAAAUGGAUGCGCAUUUUAUAGUUCUCACCUUGCUUUUAUAUUCUGUAUGGCAAUUUACAGAAGGCGAAACGGCGGAAAGUUUUGGAAAUACAACCGACAUAACAAACUGCACUAUGGUACCGAGAAACACUGAUAUUACUGGAGAGUUGAAAGAAUUAAUUGACGAUGGAAACAGAAAGAUUACAUUAAAUAUUGAAAUUACUGGCGAGUUAGGACCAUUAGGGGAACAAUAUCCUGGUGGGCUUUUUGAACCGAAGAAAUGGAUCUUAAUAACUGAGGAAGCAGGAAAGUCAUUAUUGCUCUUCCCGGACGAUCAUGUUGCGAAGUCUCUAUACACGCUUUCGUUUGGAUUGAGUUCUCUUGAAAUAACUCUAGAUCAACAACCGGAAAAUUGUCUUAAUAGAAAUUAUACUUUAGAUCAAAUUCUAAACACGAUCCGAUUCUACGUUCUUCGGAAUUUUACAAACGAUGUAAGUAACGUGCCAGAUAACUUUGAAGUAUGCAAUCGCGAGGUUAGUUUCGAAAACGAUAACACAACAGGUGAACUUCAAUACAUUUGUUGUAAUGAUGUGAUAGAAGCAUGUUACAUUUUGAAGCCAGGAAUAUGGCUAAAUAUAUUAGAUACAUGUAAACUAAUUAUAGAGUUUAUGGUACCUUUUCUGUGCCCUCUUUUCAUCCCGAAACGGAUUUUCAAAACAGUAUCAAUAUUCAGGUAUAGUCCUAAUCAGUGUAAUGGAAGAUCACUAAGACUGCUUGUGAAAAAAAAUGGUUCAAGUCAGAAUCCUCAAGGGUAUACCCAAAUCAACCCAAAUUGUCUGCCUAAAUUUGAAACAUUCAUGGGUAGUCAAGUACAAGGAAUUCACAACCUUGAAGUAAAGUCGAUAAACUUUGAAGCUAGACAAGACAAACUCAUAGAAGAAGAGUCACAUCCAUUCGGAUUUUGGAACUUUUUAUUCAAUACGUUCAUUGAAUGCGAAAUGAGAAAAGUUGACGAUGGUUUAAAGGAAUGUUGUAAUCAAAACAUACUGAAACCUUUCAAAUGCUAUAUAUCGUGGAUUCAAUUUUUGAAAUGUAUUACGUACGUGCUUCUUUUUGCAGUUCUUGUCUCGCCGUGGUGGUUUACAGUUGUAUUCUACUACAGUUAUGAUUAUCAUUUCCUUGAGGCAGUUAAGUCUGCUGGCAAUGCUCUUCAUGUCGAAAUCUCUCCGACCCAAACCGAUUUCACAAGCGAUUAUGUGAUGAUAAGCUCGGCUUUCCUGUUUUUCAUAUUAUACAAUGGUACAAAUGACCUCUUUCGUUUAGCUAUCAAAACACUAUUCUAUUUCUGCAUCUAUGGAAACAGUCCUUUUUCAGAAUCGGUUUCACUUUUUGUUACAAUGUUACUUUUACCCUUAAAAACGUUUGGACUUUUUUGUGGUUGUUUUGCUUUUGCUUUUUGGGUUACGUUCGUUGUCCCAUUUCUGCUCCUAUUUUUUAUACUGCAGACACUUCCUUUGGUGAGUGUUUUCAACAACCUCAUUUUGCUAUAUAAAGAGUUUCAAGAAUUACGCAAAGAGGUACAAAUAAAUGUUUGGACCUGUCUCUUUACAUUUGUUGCAUGCAUACAGGUAAUAUACAUUUCUGUAUUUGUUGUCUCAGACUGUGUGAUAUUGUUUAUUGACUGCUUUGUCUAUUCAAUGACAGGUCUUCUACUUAACUACGACGACGUUUUUAAGUAUGUUUUCCUAAUUCUACUCUUUUUUCUUUAUGGAUACGAUUGUUUCAAUAAUGUACAUAAAAGAUAUUCAUAUUUCAGCAAAUUACUGAAUAUGAAAAUGCAGGCAAAAGUAAUUAAUCAAUUUAAGGACUUUGGUCGUCAAGAUAAUGAAAGUGCUUAUCCAUCAAACGGCCCGAUAAAUACCGCUCAUGUCGUGCCCUCCUCUUCUAACCAACAACCUAAUGAAAUAUGCUUUACCUAUGUCCCCCAAGAUUGUUUAUACAUAAAAGCCAAACGCCUGGUAGUUUUCUUUGACAGGUCCGAAGCAAUCCCAACGCCAUACAUAUCAAAACAGUUCUUCCAAGAAGUGAAUUCGAUUCCCAGUGUGGUAUGUCCAGGAUCCGAGUAUAUUCUUUACCUGAAAGCAUUAAGAGACUUUUUCUUCGUUGUUUUAUUUCUGCUAUUCGUUAUCAUUGUCGUGUUUGCUUUGGGAAGGGCACAUGACCUUUCAUCAGGCGUUCAAACUAUUGUUGCAUUAGGAGGGGGUUUCUUACCGUUUGUAUUCGAGAAGUUUUUUUCAAAGUCUCACAUUAGGAAUAUGUCAGAAGCUGAAAUCAGUCUUUGGGGAAAAUUAUUAGAAGAUAGAAUAGACAUUUUUGAAGAACGAUGGAAAGUUCAAGAUAUUGAAGUUCAGACUAUCUGUGAACCUCGUACAGUCGAGGAAAGCUCUGUUGAAACAGACAUACUAUGCAGGCCUAGCGGUUCGAUCCAGGUAGAAAUUUCAGAUACUCAGGAGUAUGAUUUUGUGGUAUCUGAAGAAACUACUCAGACGGGAAAAAUAUUGAAAAUAUUUGUUCCCAAUACUUCUUUGUCCGUGGAUACGGAAACCGAAGUAGUCGUAUAUAGCAAAGCAAGAUAUCAAUCAUUAGCUUAGAAAUAAUAAGGAUUUUUAAUCUUAUUAAGAAAUGGAAUUACUUUUAUCGGAGUUAAUGAGAAAUGAACGACAGAAUAUGAUCGACAAAGCCAUACAUACACUAGCGAUUCGCGGCUAGUCUGUCGAUGAGAUUCUGUCACUUAUCUCGCAUGAACUCUGAAAACUACAAUUUUAUUUCUUUAUUUACGUAUUUACAUUGUGUUCCUUUCCAUAAGUUGACAAGGCAUUUUCAUAACUUGCAAAGUUUUGUUGUAUUUGAUAUUUCAGUCUUUUUCCCGGUUAUAUUGUUUGUGGCUUUGGUGCUUUUCCGUUUUUGUUUCAUACAAAAUGAACGGCUUAAUUUUCAUUGGAACAAAUAGAGAGAAUGUAAAUCUUUAAAACUCGUAUAUCCGAAAUGCCUUGUUAACAAUCUUGUAUAUUUUAUUGCAGUCUGGGUGUUUAAAAUAGUGUAUCUAUUUGGACUCUUAUCAUAUAACAAGAAGCAACCUAUCAUAUUAUUAUUUUUUUACAAUUCUACAAUUGUUUUUCAUUUUCAGUCGGAUCUAAUCAACACAAAGCCCUGUGUAUAUUUUCUUAUCGGAUGUGGUA